AUGGUGGACAUUGAAAUGACGCUCUACCACGUACUAACCAACAAUCUCGAGAUGAGCAAAUUGUACAAAUGCCCUUCGAAUAUGACAAUGAACCUUAUACCAAGACCAAUCAUUGGAUCGUAUUUCAUGAUUUCUGGGAUCGCGUUGAUUAUAAUCUACCUCCCAUGCUUCGUGGUGAUGAUAAAAUCCAAAUGCCGCGCACCAUCGUAUCAACUAAUGAUGCUCCUCGCUAUCUUCGACCUAACUUCCUUGAUGGUCAAUUCUGUAACCACCGGAAUUCUCGGAAUCAUGGGCGCCUCCUUCUGCCAUUACCCGUUAUUCGUAUUUACUGCCGGAUCAAUAGGCCUCGGAUCCUGGAUGGGCGGUUGUGUAGUUUGUAUCCUUCUGGCUGUGGACAGAUGUGUGGAGAUUAACUCCAACUUUCCACUGGCUAUCAUUUUCCACAAACAAGUGUUCCGAUUAGUGAUGCUCGUUAUUUGCAUCUAUUGGGUGUAUGCCAGCUUCUUCACUAAUCCACUCCUAUUCACCGCUCAGUACAGCUCCUGGUUUUUUGAUCCGUUUAUUGGGAAAGAGGGUGAUCUUUAUCACAACAUCCCUCAUACUAUCAAUAACUUAUUGGUAUCUGCUAGCUCUACACCUCUAUACAUCUACUUAUGUUAUCAUCUGAUCUUCAAGUUUGGCUACUCCACAUCGAUGUGGUUGUACAGAUCGAAACAACAGAUCAUUAUUCAAGCUGUCAUCUUAUGCUUCUUCCACGCCACUGCCGCCUGCAUCUACGUUUACAUGCAAUUCUUUCCCACACCGUCAUGGCUAAUUAUAAUUGGCCAAUUAGCAUGGCAAUACAGUAAUGGAUGUGUUUGUCUUGCAUAUUGGACUCUAAACCGAACCAUUCGAAAUGCUGCGAUCCGAAUGAUGUUGUCGAAACGAAUUCGGAAACGAUUCAAGUUGCACAUGGGGAUUGAUGAGCAGAUUGCAGCGGAGAGAGAUGGAGAAGUGGCCAGCGUGUCGAAUGUCAUGAACUUGAUGAGUGGUACUGCUAAGGUUGCUCCGUUUUUGUGUGAAUCUUCUUUGUAA